GGGCCGGGCCCCCAGGCUUCCUGUGUGCGCGCCCGCCCGCAACUGCUUCUCGGAGCUGCUUGGGCCACCCCGCGGCCCCAUGGCCCAGACCCCCGACGGCGGCAUCUCGUGCGAGCUGAGAGGCGAGAUCACCAGGUUCCUGUGGCCCAAGGAGGCCGAGCUGCUGCUGCAGACCUGGCUACCCGAGCGGGAGGGUGCUGAGCGAGGUCAUGUCCUGGCGCUGCUACGAUGGCGAGCCUACCUGCUCCACACCUGCCUCCCCCUGAGGGUGGACUGCACAUUCAGCUACCUGGAGGUCCAGGCCAUGGCGCUGCAGGAGACACCCCCUCAGGUGACUUUUGAGCUAGAGUCCCUGCCUGAGCUGGUCCUGGAGUUUCCUGGUGUGGCUGCCCUGGAACAGCUGGCCCAGCACAUUGCUGCAGCCAUCAAGAAGGUCUUCCCUUGCUCCACCCUUGGGAAGCUAUUCCGGAGGCCCACAUCCCCCUCCAUGCUGGCUCGCCUGGAGAGAAGCAGCCCCUCUGAGGACACUGUGCCCAGCAGCCCCUGUGGUGGCUUCUUGGAGACAUACGAGGCCCUGUGUGACUACAAUGGCUUCCCUUUCCGAGAGGAGAUUCAGUGGGAUGUGGACACCAUCUACCAUCGUCAGGGCUGUCGCCACUUCAGUCUAUGCGACUUCAGCCAUCUAGGCAGUCGGGACCUGGCCUUGAGUGUGGCUGCCCUGUCCUACAACCUAUGGUUCCAAUGCCUCUCCUGUGUGGACAUGAAGCUGAGCCUUGAGGUCUCAGAACAGAUUCUGCACAUGAUGAGUCAGUCGUCCCACCUGGAGGAGCUAGUGCUAGAGAACUGCGGCCUGAGAGGAGACUUUGUCCGGCGACUGGCCCAGGCACUGGCGGGGCACUCAAGCUCCGCCCUCCGGGAACUUAGCCUAAAUGGGAACCUGCUGGACGACCGAGGCGUGACUGCUCUCAGCAGACACCUGGAGCAUCGCCCAGGAGCCCUAAGGAGGCUCGGCCUGGCGCACACAGGGUUGACCCCGAGAGGAAUGAGGUCUCUGGGCCGCGCACUGGCUGCCAAUGUGGCCUUUGACACCGCCCUGACCCACCUGGACCUUUCCGGGAACCCUGGGGCGCUGGGGGCGUCGCAGGACAAUGGGGGCCUCUACGCUUUCCUGAGCCGUCCUAACGUUCUGACGUUCCUGAACCUCGCGGCCACCGACGCCGCCCUGGACACUGUGAGAGGCGGGCCGCGGGGGGCGAGCGGGGGGCGCGGCCGGGCGGGGGCGGAGGGGGCGCGGCCGGCGUGAGUGGCCCACACCCUCCUCCCGCAGCUCUUCGCCGCGCUGGCCCGCGGCUGCUGCCCCAGCCUCCGCCACCUGGACGCCUCGAGGAACGUCUUCUCCCGCACGAAGUCCCGGGCCGCGCCCGCCGCGCUGCAGCGCUUCCUCAGCCGCGCGGGGACGCUUCGGCACCUGGGCCUGGCGGGCUGCAGGCUGCCGCCCGACGCGCUCAGGGCCCUUUUGGAAGGCCUCGCGCUCAACACGCACACGGGCGACCUGCACCUGGACCUCAGCGCCUGUGAGCUGCGCUCAGCCGGCGCUCAGGUGAUACAGGACCUGGUGUGUGACGCCGGCGCCGUGAGCUCCCUGGAUUUGGCCGAUAAUGGCUUCGGCUCAGACAUGGUGACCCUGGUGCUGGCCAUCGGGAGGAGCCGGUCCCUGCGACAUGUGGCACUUGGAAGGAACUUCAACGUCCGGUGCAAGGAGACCCUGGACGACGUCCUGCACCGCAUUGUCCAGCUCAUGCAGGAUGACGACUGUCCCUUGCAGUCUCUGUCCGUGGCUGAGUCGCGGCUAAAGCAGGCCUCCAGCGUCCUGCUCCGGGCCCUGGGCACCAAUCCCAACCUGACGGCGCUGGACAUCAGCGGCAACGCCAUGGGUGACACCGGCGCCAAAAUGCUGGCCAAGGCACUUCGGGUCAACACCAGGCUCCGGUCUGUGGUCUGGGACCGGAACCACACGUCUGCCCUGGGCCUGCUGGACGUGGCGCAGGCCCUGGAGCAGAACCGCAGCCUAAAGGCCAUGCCUCUGCCACUGAACGACGUGGCCCAGGCACAUCGCAGCCGCCCGGAACUGACCGCCCGCGCAGUGCAUCAGAUCCAAGCCUGUCUUUUGAGGAAUAACCGUGCGGACCAUGCCUCUUCUGACCGCAUGCCCCGGCCGCGGCCACCUGGUCUGGUCUCAAACCCCUCAGAACAGGAAGUGAAUGAACUGUGUCAGUCAGUGCAGGAGCACAUGGAGCUCCUGGGCUGUGGGGCUGGACCUCAGGGUGAAGCUGCUGUGCACCAGGCAGAGGAUGCCAUCCAAAAUGCCAACUUCUCUCUCAGUAUCCUCCCAAUUCUGUAUGAGGCUGGGAGCUCCCCAAGUCACCAGUGGCAGCUGCGGCAGAAGCUAGAGGGCCUCUUAGGACAGGUGGGUGAGGUCUGCCGCAAGGAUAUUCAGGACUUCACUCAGGCCACACUGGACACAACAAGGAGCCUCUGCCCACAGAUGCUACAGGGACCCAGGUGGAGGGAGCAGCUAGAGGGGGUCCUGGUGGGCUCAAGGGGCCUCCCAGAGCUGCUCCCAGAGCACCUACUACAAGAUGCCUUCACUAGGCUCAGGGAUAUGCGGCUGUCAGUUACAGGGACCUUGGCAGAGAGCAUUGUGGCUCAGGCUCUGGAGGGGCUGAAUGCAGCCCGGGAUCGGCUGGUAGAGAAUCUGGCUCGGCAGGCAACAGUGGCAAUGCCUCUUGCUAUACCAGCGCUGGAUGGAGGUGAGACCAGCCCCCUUGGGCCUGGGGAAUUGGAAGGUCUUUUCUUCCCUGAGGAGGUGAAGGAAAAGCAAGAGGAUGAAGAAGAGCAGAAGGAUGACAGUCCUCCACAAAAAUGGCCUGAGUCCAGCCAGUGCCUUCAUUUGGUUCCCUCCACUCACAGUGCUGCUGAGGUACCGGAGCCCGAGCUGGCGGCUCCGGGGGAAGAUGCGGAGCCGCAGGCGGGGCCUUCUGCGCGUGGCUCUCCGAGCCCCGCCGGCCCCGGGCCCCAGGCCGGCCCACUGCCUCGCAUGGACCUGCCACCCUCUGGACAGCCCCUGCGCCAUCCGACCCGGGCCCGGCCGCGGCCACGGCGCCAGCACCACCACCGGCCGCCGCCGGGGGGCCCCCAGGUGCCCCCAGCCCUGCCGCAGGAAGGGAAUGGGCUCAGUGCCCGCGUGGACGAGGGCGUGGAGGAAUUCUUCUCCAAAAGGCUGAUCCAGCAGGAUCGCCUCUGGGUCCCUGAAGAGGACCCGGCCAACGAGGGGGGUGCCACCCCUGUCCCUCGUACACUGCGAAAGAAGCUGGGUACCCUCUUUGCCUUCAAGAAGCCUCGUUCAACACGGGGGCCACGGCCUGAACUAGAGACCAGCCCUGGGGCAGCUCCCCGCACUCGAAAGACCACUCUUGGAGACCUGUUGCGGCCACCAGCCCGUCCUGGCCGUGGUGAGGAGCCUGGUGGGGCUGAGGGGGGCACCAGCAGCCCUGACCCUGCCCGCAGGAGCCGGCCUCGUUAUACUCGGGAAAGCAAAGCCUAUUCAAUGAUACUGCUACCUGCUGAAGAGGAGGAGGAAACACUGGGUGCCAGACCUGACAAGCGACGUCCCCUGGAGCGGGGAGACACAGAGCUGGCCCCAUCUUUUGAACAGCGGGUCCAAGUGAUGCUGCAGAGGAUCGGUGUGAGCAGAAGCAGCGGGAGUGCCGAAGGCAAGAGGAAGCAAAGCAAGGAUGGAGAGAUCAAGAAGGCUGGCUCAGAUGGUGACAUCAUGGACAGUUCCACAGAGGCCCCUCCCAUCUCCAUCAAGUCCCGCACCCACUCCGUGUCUGCUGACCCCUCGUGCAGACCUGGUCCAGCGGGUCAAGGGCCUGAGUCUACCAGCUGGAAGACACUGGGGCAGCAGCUGAAUGCAGAGCUCAGGGGCCGUGGUUGGGGCCAACAGGAUGGUCCGGGCCCCCCCUCUCCUUGCCCCAGCCCCAGCCCACGAAGAGCCAGCCCCUCCCCAGACAGCCUGGGCCUCCCAGAGGACCCUUGCUUGGGCCCCAGGAAUGAAGAUGGCCAACUGAGGCCAAGGCCUCUCUCGGCAGGGCGACGAGCAGUGUCUGUGCAUGAGGACCAGCUCCAGGCCCCUGUUGAACGGCCCCUGAGGCUGCAGCGCUCCCCUGUCCUCAAGCGGAGGCCGAAGCUUGAGGCGCCCUCCUCUCCAAGCCUCGGAUCUGGCCUUGGAACCCAACCUCCACCCCCACAGCCUACAGAGCCCUCCAGCCCCGAGCCAACCCCCCCCUCCCCAGCCACAGACCAAAGAGGCGGCGGCCCCAACCCCUGAUCCCUCUCCUUUUCCUGCCGCAUGAGAUUAUUUUAUUAAAAAACUCAAAGGAGCA